CAUUCACUUAAAGCAUAAGUACAUAUGGCCAUUUUAUUAUUAGUUAGCGAAAUUGCAGAAGUUAUACCCCAUUGGAUUUUUAAUUAAAGCCAAGCCCUAGUAACAGAUGCUAGUUCAUUUAAAGAAAUAAUUGUUAAGCCGGCUUGCCAUAAGGGGCCAACCUCUCUCCACACUGUGAUCCAUAAAUGUUUAUGUCCUAUAAUCAUCUGUAACGUGUUACUGUGGCGAAGGCUCUCUUCUUUCAGCGUCACCUCACAGUGAACGUAAACCUCGGUCACAUUCAACAUGGGAGGGCUGACGGCCGUGUCGGUGCACUUUUAGAAGUUUACACGACGUUUUGUUCUCUCUCAUCAAUUUAGUCGUUUCUUUUUCCGUGCGCAAACAUCUCGAGUCGGAAAGGCGUCGCACUCUCCCCGGACAGAGAUGAUGGGACGGUUGUGCUGGAUGUGCAGUCAAUGACAGGAUGGAUAUCAGCGGGGUCCUCUCUAUCGCCGCUGUCCUGCGUUUCUCAGUCGUUGUCCACGGCGAGGCAGGACAAAGAGCUGUGUACCUGAACACACUACAGAACUCAGGUCCUCUUUCCUGCUCUGAGGGCUUCACUGAGCUGGGUUAUUACAAUGGAUCUGUGUCUCAGACAGAUUCUGGCUCUUCCUGUCUAAAAUGGACUGACUUUCCAGACUACAUGCUGCAGUACCCCAACCGUGGACUAGGAGACCACAACUACUGUAGAAACCCUGACCGUGAAUCCAACCCCUGGUGCUUUUUUAGACAAAAGUCAGGAGCCGUCGGAUGGGCCUUCUGCGACUGCCACCAGGGUGAGGCGCGGUUGGUGGGGGGUUCUUCAAAUAAGAGUGGCCGUCUUGAGGUGUACCUGAAUGGCCGAUGGGGAGCAGUGUGUGACACCCACCUGACUGAUCGAGAUGCCAGUGUGAUCUGUAGACAACUGAGGCUCGGUGAAAUCGGCACUGCGCUUCGGCAUUCCUAUUUCGGACCCGGUUCUGGGCUCUUUCACUUUGAACGUCUUGGCUGCCAUGGCAAUGAAGAUUCUCUUCUGAAGUGCCGGAGCAGGAAAUAUAUCUCUGGUGACUGUAACCAUGGAAAUGAGGCCGGAGUGGUAUGCGCAGCACCUGAGGGCAAUGGUGCCCCCCUGAGGCUCGUGGGAGGCCUUGAGGAUUUCGAGGGGCGUGUGGAGGUGUACCAUAAUGGGAGGUGGGGUACUAUCUGUGAUGAUGAAUGGGACGAUAUUGAUGCUGAAGUGGUUUGCCGACAGUUGGGACUGGGGGGUGUACCAAAGGCGUGGACAUGGGCACACUUUGGGCAAGGCACUGGGCCUAUCAUGUUGGAUGGAGUGCACUGCACAGGAAAUGAACUGUCUCUGGAGGAAUGCCCUCAUGCUUCCUGGGGCCAGCACAACUGUGAUCACAUGGAGGAUGCUGGAGUCUCGUGCAACCCGUUUACAGAUGGAGUGUUGCGUCUAGUAGGAGCUGAUAGCCCAUGGGAAGGACGCCUCGAGGUUUAUCACGCUGGAGAAUGGGGCACAGUGUGUGAUGACAGCUGGACCGGACGUCACGCCCAGGUGGUGUGUCGACAGCUGGGUUAUCGAGGGCGAGCUGAGGUGGCUCCGGAUGGGAUGUAUGGAGAGGGUACAGGGAUGAUCCUGCUGGACGAGGUGACAUGUGAAGGGGGAGAAAGCUCUUUGCUGGACUGUGCUCAUGGUCAGUGGGGGCAGCAUGACUGCUCUCACAGUGAGGAUGUGGGCAUACGCUGUGAAAGAGAAGGACAGAACAAUGAGAUCCCUGAAGUGGCUCCUGCCACAGGUCCCCUGGUGAGGCUGGUGGAUGGCGAGAGCCGUAAGGAGGGCCGCAUAGAGGUGUUUAUUAACAGCCAGUGGGGCAGUGUGUGUGAUGAUGGUUGGAAUGACAUCAACGCUGGAGUGGUCUGCAGACAGCUAGGAUUUGUCGGAGUCUCGAAGGCCCGCUCCAUGGCAUACUUCGGUGAGGGUCAAGGGCCCAUCCAUCUGGAUAAUGUAAAGUGUGUUGGGACAGAGGUUUCACUGGGUGAGUGUUCAGCUGUAGGCCUGGACGCCCACGAUUGCAGGCACAGUGAGGACGCAGGGGUCAUCUGUGACUACACCACUGAAUCCGUAAAGUACAGAAGCAUGAACAAGCAGGAAUGUGGUUUGAGACCCAACACACAAAGACGCAGGAGAAGGAUCAUUGGAGGAGACAAGUCUCUUCGGGGAGACUGGCCGUGGCAAGUAUCUCUGUGGCUUAGGUCUCAAUCGAAAGGCACCCAUCCACUUUGUGGGGCGACUCUCAUCAAUUCCUGUUGGGUCAUUACUGCUGCUCAUUGCUUCAAGAGGUUUGGUUCAGACCCUUCCCGGUAUGUGCUGCGGCUCGGUGACUACCACACAGAGGAGAGGGAUGACUUUGAGCGCACUCUCUCUCCUGAGCGCAUCGUGAUCCACGGGAAGUACCACAGCCAGGGCUGGGAGUAUGAUAUUGCCUUGCUGAAGCUGAAGGGGACAGAUGGGAAUUGCGUGGCCUUUAACCCGCACACUAAUGCGGUUUGCCUUCCGCCUCAGAGCAACAGGAGGGGCAAGAGGCCUAUCGCCUGUGUUAUCACCGGAUGGGGAAUUACAGACUCUGAGUACUCCCGAACGCUGCUGCAAGCCUGGGUCCCUUUACUGCCCUCCUGGAAGUGUAAAAAACGGUACGGCAGUCGCUUCACCAGCCGCAUGUUGUGUGCCGGCAGCUUGUCGAACCAUCGGCGCGUGGACAGCUGUCAGGGUGACAGCGGGGGGCCACUGGUGUGCCAGGGCGAGGCGGGCCACUGGAUGCUCACAGGAAUCAUCUCCUGGGGACACGGUUGUGGUGACCCUACCUAUCCCGGUGUGUACACGAGGGUCGGUCGGUUCCUGAAGUGGAUAGAGAAAGUCACGCACGGCACCGGGAAAGUGUGACGUUACAGCGUUAACAUUAAACCCACUCACAGCAUAUAUGUUAUGUAAUGCCUAUGAAGUGAUCACCAGCUGGCCGUUAGGUUUAAAGCUGGUUCGAUCCUGUUUUAUGUGUUGCACAUUUUACUACUUGCACCAUGCCGUUUCAGUUCCAUUUCUGCACACUUGAAACAUUCGUGAACAUGCACAAGAACAUGAAGCCGCGUGUUUUAAGAGGGACAGCUGCAUUAAGUGAGUGGAGUUUUGCGGGAUUGAAAGGUCUUCAUCGGAAAAGCCUUUGUAAAUAAGUCAUUUUGCACUAAUCUGCAUGCCAUAUAAAUGGAGCAUCUGUGGGAGGUCUGUGUUCUGGUCUGGCUCUCCUGGAUCAGCUUCUUAAAUCAGUUCACACAUUGCACUUGAAUAUGCUAUUUUAUUUUUUGUUUUUUAGUUCUGUGAUUUAAUUGAGAUAAGGAACGGCAUGCUUAUAUGUAAAGAUUGAUCAACAUUCCUCUCUUAUGUUGGUUAUUUGUACUCUUGUCGUAGGUUUAUUGGGUACGACUACCAUUAUUCAGCUUUUAAUUUCAUUUUUCAAAAAAGCAGCAUCAAAAAAAAAUUGUAUGUUCAUUUUAUUUAAACAUAUAACAAUUAUUACUUUUUUCUAAAGCUCCUACCCAACAGAUAAUGUGAUGAUGUAAGUGGUAUGAAGUACUGGACUGUUAAACAGCUGGAUGUUAUGUAGUCUCUGUAGGGGGAUAUGGUGACGGACAAAAUAUAAGAGCCUUAAUUAUAUAUAUAAAAGCUUUUGCUUUCACUUGCAAACAUCUUAUGUUUCCCUUUGAAACUUUGCUUGUGCUUGACAAACGUUUGGGGUUUUUUUGCAAAGUUUUACGUUUCCUUGUGAAACUUGGCAUUUGCUUGCUGAACUAGUGUUUCUUAAAAAAAAUUUAGGUUCACCAAGAAACACAAUAUUGGCCACGAAAACACCGCGAUGGAGGUAAAACUAUAGAUUUAAUGUUUAAGCGAAUGCAAAGUUUCUUGGGGAACACAAUACUUUUUGUGAAAGAAUGCAGAAGCUUUGCAAAUUAUUGCCAAAGCAUUAAAUGUCUUUUUUCCUAUUAUCACUGUGUUUCUAGUUAAUAGGAAGUAUUGGUCGUUAAACUAAAGUGUUUCAACUAAGCACGGUUAUUUCACACAUGGUCAAAAUCUGCUGCUGAGUGAUCUUAAGUUACAUUUGCCUCCUGCAGUGUUCACCCUUUUCCGUAGACAGGUGUUUAUUCAUGUUUAAUGUUGUAUUUAUUUACAUAAGAAGACGACGCAGGCUUGCACAUUCAUUGUUUCUUGCUUUGGACAAUGAAUUGAGCUAAAACAGUGGCGUUGUUUUGUUCCAGUUGGUGUCCCAUUCAAGAAAUCCUGAAAUUAGACAUGGACAGAAAGAAGGUCUCUUCAGUAAUUAGUCAAGUUUACAAAAUUCCAAAUACAAUUCCAUGUGGUCCGAAUCGUUCAAAUGAUGAUGCUUUUGUUCUUAAUGUUCUAUUAACAGUCUGUUAAUAAUCAAUCCCAAACAGAAACUUUGAUGUAAUUAUGUAAAAAUGUAAAGGCUUCUAAUAUGCCAUAUUUAGCCUUGGUUAAAAACUGUUUUAGCAAAACUGUGAAUAGUCGGAUGUUUAGACACCACGAUGGAAAACUAGAUAAACUGAUUCGAACACAUAGACUUGUCCCCUCAGUGUUAUUUAUUUAUUUUUUUGUUCUGCCAAAUGGUGAUGGGAAAGCAAAAACAAGUCGGUCAAAAAUGCAGUGUAAUAUUCUGGCAUUGUGAUAUUAAUCUUUUUAUGUCCAACCCAUUGUGAUUGUAAUAAAUGUUGAAAAUCGGCAUUGAAAAAUAAAAGAUUUGUUUUGCAAAUAUA